UUCGAUUUCGAAGUCCGAGACACGCCGCGUGCUUGGUCAAUCAGUUCGUCCAUUGAUCAUGCUGCAUCUUGCCCGCCGGUCUAUCCCAACGUCCUUGCGACGCAGCUCCGCACGCUCAUCGAGCUCGACGUCGUCCUCCCAAGCGUAUCCAUCGGCCCCAAGUCCAUGGAGCGACACCGCGUGGUCCGCUGUCCAAAACAGCUUAAAGACGCUGUCGAUGCUCAAGCAAUUCCACAAUUAUGCAUCGCCUUCGUUGAGUCUGCGGCGAAAGUGGAAAGUGUUUGGCGAACUACAUCAAGUCGACGACUACAUUGACCUCGACGAGUUCAUGCUCGGUGCCAAUACCGCAGUACAAGUAGUACUGAAUGCGAUGUACUCGGAAGGGUUUCGUGCAUUUUGCAUGGACGGCACAAUGUCCCCUGACGUGGCGAUCCUGCAGACCGUGUUGGGUAUUCAUUGUUUCAAGAAGUGCGUGUUUCAAACGCAAGAAACAGACAAACGCGGGAUGCUCUACGACUUGCGGCAUCUCGACAUUCACCACUGCGCAUUGCUCGGCGCCAAUGCACAACGCAGACAACGAAGGAAUACCGACAAAAUUGAGUUAGGGGAAGGCCUCGUUCGGCUGGACAUGCAUGUGGCACUCGACCAGACGAUGCGGAUCUCCUCAAGAUGGAAGAGCUUUGUCAUCAAGAUGCCUGUUUCGAUGCUGUGGACAUUUGAAUGCGAUGUACAUGCCCAUGACCUGGAAUGGCGCGUCGUAGCCGUGGAAACCGACCUCGACUUGACCAAAUACUAACAUGUCCAUUCUCUGCCCA